AUGAGCGUGCUUCCUCCAGUUCGCCGAGACCGGAUAGUGGCAGAGCUGCCUCAGUGUUUCAAGAAAGAGGCUUGUCUUCACACCAAAGACUCCUUUCAUUCCAAAGUGACCAAUGCAUGCAAGCAACAGAGAACCGGGACUGUGGGAUUUAAGAUCUCCAAGGUUAUUGUGGUUGGUGACCUUUCAGUGGGAAAGACGUGCAUGAUAAAUAGGUUCUGUAAAGAUGUAUUUGAUAAAAACUACAAAGCGACAAUCGGAGUGGAUUUUGAGAUGGAGAGAUUUGAGGUCCUGGGAGUUCCCUUCAGUUUACAGUUAUGGGAUACGGCGGGGCAAGAGAGGUUUAAGUGCAUUGCCUCCACAUACUACAGAGGUGCUCAAGCCAUUAUCAUAGCUUUUGAUCUGUCAGAUAUUUCAUCUCUAGAACACACAAAGCAAUGGCUGCAGGAUGCAUUGAAAGAAAACGAUCCGUCCUCUGUGCUGCUUUUCCUGGUUGGAUCAAAGAAAGAUCUCAUAUCACCAUCGCAGUACGCUCUCAUGGAACGGGAUGCAAUAAAAGUGGCCAAAGAGAUGCAAGCAGAAUAUUGGUCUGUGUCCUCAUUAACAGGAGAAAAUGUGAAAGAAUUCUUUUUCCGAGUGGCAUCCUUGACAUUUGAGUCCAGUGUGCUGGCUGAGCUGGAAAAAACAAAUGCCAGAAAGAUUGGUGAAGUAGUGAGGAUAACUAGCAAUGACAACAACUUGUAUCUAUCCACAAGGAAGAACAAGUCAAAGUGUUGUCAGUGA